ACUCCCAGUAAAGAAAGGAAAGGAAAAGGCAGAGUUGGAUUAGAAUUCUGAGCCUAUAAAUGGGGGUCCUUGAUUGUCGAUCAAGAAAAGGUUUUCAAAGGCCGGCGGAGAAACCCUAGGCGAAGGAAGGAAGGAAGGAAGAGACGAUUGUUCUUGCUCCAAUGUCUUCAUCAGAAGAGCCCCAAGGGGAGAGGAGGGAAAAUAAGACGGGAAUCCAAGCAAAAACAUUCAGGAGGAGAAAUCCAACGCUGAAGAAGAAAGCAUUGGAACUCGCCGAACUGUGCAACAUUCCGGUAUGCGUGAUUUCUUAUGGGCCGGACGGGACGCUGCAGACGUGGCCGGAGAGCCGGGAAGACGUGGAGGCAAUAGUCGACAAGUACAGGAACAAUGAGGGGGCGUUCAACUUCUCUGUUGGUUCCUUGAAAUCCAAGAUAUUCACGAAAAACGAGAGGGUAGAAGAAGGGGGAGAGAGGAGGAGGAAGAAGCAGAAGACGAAGAAGGUGGAGGAAUUCGAGAAGGCUUUGGCGUCGUGGGACGGGUGGCUUGACGAGCAACAGGAGGAGGAUGCGUUGGUGUCUUUUUGGGAUUUCUUGGAGUCCAAGUCUCGUGAAAUAAAUGAGAGGAUAGAAUUGCUCAAGAUGAAGGAGAAGAGAAUCUAGUUUUCUUUCUCUGAUAUUGGGGGGUUUGUUUGUUUGUUUUUUUCUUAGAACUUUCUUUUAAAGUUGGAAUUCCCCACUGUUAUAACUUAUUUGUGCCAUAAUACAAUGUGAUUUCACUC